CACAGCACCAGCGUUUAUUUCACAUGCAACAUUUGCACAAGGUGAGCUGGGCCAUCAGCAACAUCAAUUGAUAGCCAGGGUGCCCCACGAAUCGACUUGGCGACCCCCUUGUGCUACCACAUCAGGCCGUGGGCGGCUUUUGGGUCCAGCAAUAUCGCACAGGGUCCCUUAGCCAAGGAACCAAAAAUGGAAGGCACCGACGUAGCAACCCGCGAUACCUAAUUCGGCCGCCGCCAGAUCUCCCGUCCAGUCCCUGCAUGCCCGCAUAUCAGCGCCGCUGGAAGGCCCCCUUCGAAACAGGUGGAACUUUUAUUUGAACCCAGGACCGAGCCGGCCUUUGAUCCCAGGUGUUCUCACCUUUCUGCACACCAACCUGCAUCCAUGACGCCCUCCCGGACAAGCUUCGAGUUGGAUGCAAGGGGCAGCCCGUCUCUGGGGAAGCUGACUGUCUGGCAGAUGGAGCCGCGGACCCUCUUGAAAUCGCAACGAGGCAAGCCCAACAGGCGAGGAACGGGAGCUGACUUUGAGAGCCUGCCUAGCACAACGAUAUCCGCCCAACUGCUUGCCAUAGCACCAGGCCAGGGCCCGCCAUGGACAUUGGGAUCGUCAUGGAGAAACACGGGGAGCCUCUCCUCAAGUCGACGUCGUAUCGAGACCGGCACCAGCGGGAGGAUGGGGACUGUGGGGAAGGGGUGCCACAGCCCCGGGAGGCCCGGAGCCACAAUGAGCUGCCACGGCAGCCAUCUUCACCUCGGCCGCCUCGGCCCGAGUUGACGGUGAAGUCUUUGCGGGAGCCAGAUGCGGACGAGGAAGAGUUCGAUGGUGACCAGGAUGAUGCGCAAUCUCUGUUCCAGCCUGCCAUAAGCCCAGUAGCCACCCGCCUCACUCUGCCCAAGACGCCCGCGGCUGAGAAGGCUGCGGCUAUGGACCAAGCACUCGACGGCUUCUUUGGCCCCCUUGGCGCCAUUCUCGAGACGGCACCAGCAGCUCCGGACUCGCGGGUGGCUAGCACAACAUUCCUGCGGCUCCCGGAUACCCCGCGCCAGGAUUCGGCCGCUGCCGGAGCGCCGGGCAAACCGUCGGCUCUGGCUAGCGUGCUUGGCGACUCGAGACAUCGCCGGGCUUCCUCGGUCGGGAGUGAUGCGUUGAAGAGGCUAUCCAAGGCUCUCCCUUCGAUUUCGCUUCCCACGGGGUUCUUCCCUACUCUCUCUACACCCUCGUUCUUCUCGUCCUCGUCUUCCUCGACGCCCAACCGCCCCGACGCCCCUCCGCGCUCGCCAUCAAGGCUACAGGAACAGCUUCAGAUUCCAGCUGCGCCACUAAAGAUCCAAGCCGCACCACCACAACAGGCCGCAGAUCAUGUGCGCCCUCCUCGGCCGCUCUCGGUCCGAUCGUAUAGGUUGCAGAGGUCCACGUCGGCCGAGUCGGUCCUGUUCGCUACCUUAUCCCGAGUAUCCUCAUUCGGCGACGACGAGCGUUUUGGGAAUGUUCGUGAGCAAGUCAACUCGCGCCUCAAGGCUGUUCUAGACAGCUUUGACCGGCCCUCAUUCAAGAUGCCUCAGCUACCAAAUUUGAUAUCCUCAGCUUCAUUCAUUAGGGGCCCAUCCUCCAUCGAUGGUGCAUUUGCCCAAAACCAAGCAUCGCACUCUGUACCGGCAUCCCUUACAGCAGCGGCCAGCAGGGACGGGCUGCCGAUGCUCGACGCCGUGUUGGAAACUCUGGUCGGUGACAUUGUGGUUUUAGGCGGCUAUCGCGGUUCUGUCUUGCGUUCUACGGCGGCGCCACAGCCCCAGGUCUGGAUACCCAUGAAAGUCGGCCUGAACAUGCGAAAGGUCAACCUCGAGGUUGGCCUCAACCCAGAAGAUGAGGAAGGGAUGGAAGAUGUGAUAUUUCCUUCGGCCAUGCUACAGAACAUCGGGCCGGUAGACAUCUCACGACGCCUCUUGCGUCGGAUGCGCGAGAGCCCAAACGCCCGUGCUGGAAAGCUCAGAGUCCACGAGUUUGCCUACGACUGGCGGCUGAGUCCAGCUCGCUCGUCAGCCAGGAUGGUGCGCUUCUUGGAGGGGCUCAGGUGCAACUCGGCUGGAACACCCAAGGAUCAGCGUGGCGCCCUCGUUCUAGCUCACAGCUUGGGAGGCAUGAUAACGCGGCACGCCGUGAACCAGCGACCCGAGCUCUUUUCAGGUGUCGGCUACAUCGGGGUCCCUCAGCGUGCCAUCAACAUCUUGGGCCCGCUGCGCAAUGGCGACGCGGUCCUGCUGAACGAGAAGGUCCUCACUGCGAAUGUCACCUUCUCGUUCCGGACCAGCUUCGUGUUUCUGCCCGAGGAUGGGUUUUGCUUUGUGUCCAAGGACAUGAAGGAGUCCUACAAGGUGGAUUUCUACGACGCGGAUUCGUGGGUGAAACACAAAUUAUGCCCGGUCGUGGACCCGACGACGCAGGUCACCAAAACUACUGGCAAGCGAAACAGCGCUUUGAUUUCGCUACGAGAUCUUACCAGCACGCUCUCUACCAACCUCCCCCUCCGCGGAAGGAGCGGCAGCGAGGCGAACGCAAACCGCAAACCGGCAGAGGCUGUCAAGGAGCGCGUCCUCGCGCCGCAGCUGGACUCGUCUUCGACAGCUGGCAGUGAGACGGAGACUCCAGCGAAGCAGAACCCCUCGACACCUCCCGAGGCUGGUGCGGAAGACCAGUGCGCCAGAUCGUACGAGUACCUGAAGCGCACCCUUGCCGAGACGAAGCAGUUCCGGGCCGAGACGCAGCACGUGCCCGCCCUGAGCGAGGCCAACGCGUACCCUCCCAUGGCCGUCAUGUACGGCAAGGACACGCCGACCGUGUACGCGGUCCGCGUGGCCUCCCGCGACGUCAUAGCCGGGCCAGAGGUGUACGACGACCUCGUCUUCCGCUCCGGAGACGGCGUGGUGCUCGCGCGCGAGGCCAUGCUGCCCCACGGCUUCCACGUCGUCCGCGGCGGGCGUGUGAGCACGGAGAAAGGCCAUAUCUCGAUGCUUGGAGACUUUCCUGCCGUCGCCCGGGUGCUCGAGGCCCUUCUUAGGGGCCGCAGGAAAGGAAUCGGUCUUGGCGGCUCGUCUCCAGCGGCAGCCCCAUCAAGCAGACGGUCGCCCUAGACUGGCUAUCCUUUUUUUAUGCCCAGGUGGCUUUUGGCUAUCUCCUAUAGACAGGAUAUUCAGAAGCCUUCAUUUAGGACGGCAGGUGGCUGUUAGUAGGCGGAGAUGAAUUCACGUUUAGAUCCGUAUGUAAACAGUUUAACUCUAGUUGCUCGACAUGAAAGUUUAGCCCCAUCUAAUAGAAGGAAGAUACCUAAGAGUAUGGUGUCGACUGCCAAACCCUAACCGCCAAAACUCAAUGUUAAACGAAAAAAAAAAAAACUUUAUUAAAAAUGGAAGGAGGAUGAGUGAACUUGAAAAAAAAACUAUAGAACGUAUGCCGUAUGACUAUCG